GAGGCGGUGGCGGAGGAGGAGGAGGUUGUGGCGAACGAAAGAAAGGUUAAGAAAACGAGAAAACUGGAGGAACGGAAACGCAAGUACGAAUACGAGGUGAAAGAAGAAGCGGAAGCGGAAGCGGAAGCAGAAGAGGAGGCAGCGAAGGAAGGAGGGGAGGAGGAGGAGGAAGAAGAGGAGACGAGACGAUAG